CAGUCCAGAUUUUCCAGCCUACUGCUGGAACUGACUUCCUCAAACUUUUUGUAAUAAAACUAGCAUCCAUAAUCGUCCACUCAGAUCCACACACGCUUGUGCCUUCCUCCAGACCAGAGAACCGACCAUCAUCAGGAUGUGGGGUUUCAGCAUCCUGUUGCUGUUGCUGCCAUUGUUGGUGAGUUCUGCUUUGUACCCAGAGGAGACAUUAGAUACACAGUGGAAGCUGUGGAAGAAAUCCUAUGGAAAAGAAUAUAACAGCAAGGUGGAUGAGAUCUCUCGACGUCUGAUUUGGGAAAAGAAUCUGAAAUACAUUUCUGCCCACAACCUGGAAUUUUCUCUUGGUCUUCACACAUUUGAGCUGGCUAUGAACCAUUUGGGAGACAUGACCAGUGAGGAGGUGGUACAGAAGAUGACUGGACUGAAGGUGCCCCUGUCUCGCUCCCAGAACAAUGACACCCUCUAUAUCCCUGACUGGGAGGGCAGAACCCCUGAUUCCAUCGACUACAGAAAAAAGGGAUAUGUCACCCCCGUGAAAAAUCAGGGUCAAUGUGGCUCCUGCUGGGCCUUCAGUUCUGUGGGUGCCUUGGAAGGCCAACUCAAGAAGAAGACUGGUAAACUCCUCAACCUGAGCCCCCAGAACCUUGUGGACUGCGUGUCCAAAAAUGAUGGCUGUGGUGGGGGCUACAUGACCAAUGCCUUCCAAUAUGUGCAGGAGAACCGGGGUAUAGACUCUGAAGAUGCUUACCCUUACAUUGGACAGGAUGAAAAUUGCAUGUACAACCCGACUGGCAAGGCAGCAAAAUGCCGAGGGUACCGAGAGAUCCCUGAAGGGAGUGAGAAAGCCUUGAAAAGGGCAGUGGCCAGAGUGGGACCUGUUGCCGUUGCAAUCGAUGCAAGCCUGUCCUCUUUCCAGUUCUAUAGCAAAGGUGUGUAUUAUGAUGAAAACUGCAACAGUGAUAACCUCAACCAUGCAGUGCUGGCUGUGGGAUACGGGAUUCAAAGGGGCACCAAACAUUGGAUCAUCAAAAACAGCUGGGGAGAGCAGUGGGGCAACAAGGGUUAUAUCCUGAUGGCCCGGAACAAGAACAACGCCUGUGGCAUUGCCAACCUGGCCAGCUUCCCCAAGAUGUGAUCGUGGCCAUUUGACCUCGACCCUUUCUUUCCACCGCGCCCCCCUUCCGUUCCUGCAAGGGGAGGGGGAUGUACUUUGGAAAGGAGCUGGCUAGUCUGUCUUGGAGCAACCUCAGUGGUUUGCAGACGGUUCACCUACAGCUUACUUUUCAGUAUCACAAAGUGCCCUUCAGAUAACAUCCUCCUCUUCUUCCUCCUCCUCUCUCCAACCCCUCCCUACCUCUAAUUUCAGGGUCAGGGGUGAGGUCUAAGGGGUAGCUCUGAAAUGCACACACAGGCCUGUGGCCUGUGACAUGUGGACAGAGGAUCACUGCCAGGCAGGCUGUCCUGGUGCUGCUGCAGUGCCCAGGUGAGGAGAGCCUGGAAAGCUUCCAAACAGAGCAGACCCUCAUCCACCCAGGAUAAGGCAGCCUGUGGUCCUGCUAGAGGCAGAGAUACGGACAACAACAUGGAAUUGUGUUGGUCUAGCUUUCGGGGUUCCUUCCAUCCAGCUCUGAGUCUCCCCACUCUCUUCCUCAUCCUCCAGAGUGAGAGGAGCCUGUUCUCCAUCUUAUUUCAUGAAGCUCUGGUUUUCUUAUUUUGUAGUAAGUUUAGAUUAUACCAUAAAUAUGUUUUUUUCUCUCUUUGCUUAAAUAUUUUGAAAUAAACUGAGUA